UGGAGAUUGUUUGCGAGGUUUCUGAAGUUUCCGAAAUGGGUAGUUAUAGUGAGAGCUUCUCGAAUGCGACGGCGCAGGAGAAGCGAGACGACGACGAGGACGGCGUGGUCAACCAGAGGCCUCCGCCGAGGAAGCGGCGAGUGCCCGGCGGAGGGAGGGGGAGGGCGGAGAGGGUCGUCGCUAGAAGGGCUGCGGCACCUUCCCCGGAGAAGAGGGGUCAGGUCGCCCCGUUAAGGCCAGCUCGCGGAAGGCCAAUGGCGGGGCAGCCGCGGAAUGUGGCGGAGGAAAACGGGCGGCGUCGGGACCCCGGUGAGGGUUCCGGCAGGAAGUCGCCGGUGAGACGGGUCGAGGAGGGUGGGCGCCGGAAUGUGGGUGAUGAGAAGAGUGCGGCUACGCCGGAACCUCCUAACGACGUCGUAGCAGCGGAGGAAGCCGAGUCGCUUGAGAACCCUGUUGUUUCUUUAGAGUGCUUCAUUUUCUUGUGAGGGUUCAUCAUCUCCAAUUCAAU